ACUGAUUUCAUAAUCGCCAGAGGCGCUACAGACCAUAAAGAGCUACAGAUUAAAUCAUAAAAUAACCCACUGUAGGAAAAUAUUCUGUGGAUGAAUGCGAUAACGCAAGUCAAAUGUCAAAUAAUUCUUCCCCAUUGUUGUUUAUGGGUUUGUCAUGGGAUGGGGGUCUCACUCAAAUAGUCAAGGCCAGACCAAGAUUUUGCUUGUCGUUAGCGCCACCUAGGCCUUGCUUACGAGUCAACUUACUCAUAAAUGAACGGAAGAUCCCCGAGGGGGUGCCACGGCGACGUUUACAGCGUGGGUGCUGAUUUCAAAUACGCUGAUUUGCAUUUUUUGCGAAGCGUCUUUACCGCCAUCAGAGAAAGGCAUUAUUUCCUACCCAAGUUUUUUGCCCUCUGCGACUAAUAGUUUAUUAAAAAAUGAGUUUAAGAUCUUGUUGUGUGCCUCAGUGUUAUGAUAUGUGUUCUAAACGGUAAGCUUUCGUAUUACUAGAAUUAUUUACAUAUUGAUUCCUGGAGGACGCCAACAUGGUGCAUAGCCUCGUACAUUUUUCGUAUUCAAAUUACAACACAAUAAAAGCACAAUAUUUUCAGGUGUUCACUUCCUAGAAAUGAGAAGCUGAGAAGCAUUUGGAUGAGGCGGGCUGGAUGUGAGCAUCUAUUGAAAAAAUUUAAACUUCGUAGUGGAUUUAUGUGCUCUAGACAUUUUCACGAUGCGUGUUUCAAAGCAAACGGGAGACUAUUACUAAAUUGUCUCCCAACAAAAUACCUCCCAGGUAUGUUUAAAUAAGACUAGCCUAUGUCUUAAUUGUUUUAAAGAUUACUACAUAAAUUAUUCACCCUACAUACUACAUAUAUUUCGAAGGUUUCCAAGCUAUUCUCUAUGGAAGUUUCACAACUUCCAUAGAGAAUAGCUUCUAUCGAGAGAGUAUACCAUCGGCUAAGGGAUGUGUAACUCCCGAGAAAAAUCAAGAUGGUAUUCGUAUGGUAGAGUCGAACACGAUUUUAACCCAUACGAGUCCGUUGGAGUCCGUCAUUAAGCCAGCCAAGGUAUAUCCUGGCAAAAGACGCUUGGUGCAACCAAUAGUCGAACUGGGCGAUAUUCCUGGACCAUCGCAUGAAUAUGUUCAUGUGACAUCAAAUAUCGCCACAGUUCCGGUUUUAGGCUCAAAGGACACUCUUUCCAAGGGGAGCAGGGGAGGAUCAGCACCUGAAUUGUGCACCCUGAAAAAAUUUAAAGAUGAUAUUCUUCCCGGUGACCGCCCUUUUACAGCUGUCACCAGUAAGAUUGCUGCAAGUGCCACAGUUUCGAGUGUAAGGAGAGUGACUUUGAAAGUAGUGAAAAUUACAGAGGUGUUGCAAGGUGACAGCAGAAGCAUUUGUCACCUCGCAACAAAAUUUUGUAUGAGGGCGUAAAAAAAUUGAAGAAGUUGGUCCAUCGCCAAGAGGUGAGGAACAAAAAGUUAAAAUCUGACCUUAAAAAAUCGCAGUCCGCCCUUUUGCAAAAUUUUAAAAAUGUGAAUGAGUACACAAGAAAUUUUAUUUUGUCCCAAAAUAAAAAUCAAAAGUUGAAACCGCGCGGUAGACGGUUUUCACUUGAGGAUAAAAUUUUUGCUUUGUCAAUAUUCAAGCAAAGCGGAAAGGAUUACCGAUUCUUGUCUAAAAUGUUUAGUUUACCUUCUCGUAAAACGCUUGUAAAGGUUCUACAACAUAUACCUUUUCAUACUGGACUUAAUAACCAUAUGUUCCAGCAUUUAAAGGUACGAGUGAGUAAACUACCAUUGUUAGACAGGCAUUGUGUGCUCAUGUUUGACGAAAUCGCGUUGCAACUUGGUCUUCAAUAUAAUUAUAAACUGGACUGUGUAGAUGAAUUUGUAGAUCUGGGUGGAGCGGAUCGCAGACCGAAAUUUGCAGAUCAUGCAUUAGUUUUUCUUUUAAAGGGCGUUCGCAAAAAGUGGAAGCAACCAAUUUGUUUCACUUUUUGCGAAGGCACGACGCAAACUGCAGAUUUAAUUAAUUUAAUUAAAUCUGUAGUUCGCAAGGUUCGUGAAACAGGUUUGUCAAUAGUGACAACUGUUUCCGACCAAGGAGCGACUAAUGCAGCGGCAAUUAGGUCGCUUAUUAGAUACACAGCGCCAGUGUAUAAGGAAAGCUGUUGAUAAUCGAUACCAGGGUUAUCUCGUUGACAAAGUGGAGAUCGUUCAUUUAUAUGAUGUUCCUCACCUUUUUAAAGGCUUUAAGAACGGAUUAUUAAAGGCCGAUCUCCAUUUCGUUCAAGACGGGGUCCGCAAAGUUGCGUCUUGGGACCAUUUGGUACAGUUGUAUCGGAUAGACAGCAAUAUGGCACGCUUUUCUUUAAUUUGCAAGCUAACGGAUGAACAUGUGUUGGCAAGCAAAUUAAAGAAAAUGAGUGUCAAACAUUGCACGCAAGUGUUCAGCAGAACUGUGGCAUCUGCCAUGAAGGUCAGGGCUGAAAUGAGUGUUGAUUUGAACCAGUCUUCGGCUCACUAUUUAGAUCCUAAGGCAACCGAAACGGCUGACCUCUUUUUGUUCCUGGAUGAACUGUUUGACAGCUUGAACGGAAGCCAGAUUGCAGUUCAUCCUGGAAAGCCAAUGAGGAGUGUGGUGACACAAAAGUCUAAUCAUGUCUCGUUUUGGGUGUCCGUUGCCCUUCCCCUGUUAAAGUCUAUGUCAUUUUCCAACUCCACUGUCACUCCAUCCAUUAAACACCUUGUUUUUACGUUGCGUGGCUUCUUAUACAUCUGGAAUGAUCUAAGGGGCAAAAACUUUAAGUAUAUUGCCCCUAGAUCAUUCAACCAAGAUCCGGUCGAAAAUUUCUUCAGUUGUAUAAGAAGCCAUGGUGCGAGAAACACCCGUCCUAAUUGUUCCGCAUUUAUGUCUUCCGCCAAAUCCCUCCUUAUAGAUGGUUUUGUGUCAUCACAUUGUCUUGGGGCAAAUUGUGAGCCGGACGAAUCAACAGGAAUUUUAGCAAAUUUGAAAUCUUUUGUUGAGACCCGCAGCGCGCCACUUUCUGCAGAACAUUUGCGAGUUCCGGUGGCAACUUACUCAACACCGGAAGGCCUUGUUUGCAACAAUCCCCACGAUUUCGCCACUCCGUAUGUUGCUGGGGUUGUUGCAAGAAAAAUUUUAUCCCAAGUGGAAUGCAACAACUGUCGCAAAAUAAUAGAGUCGUUGGAAGAUGACCCUCAUAAUAUACUCAUAAAACAUCGCGAGUAUAUUAUGAGGGAGAGACAUCUGAUGUAUCCGUCCACUACAUUUUUUAUAGCCUAUAGACAUAUAGCUAAUGUUAUUUUCUUCCUGCUUCCUAAAUUCAUAACAGCUUAUGGAAUCAGGAAGAAAAUUAUUGAUCAUUUGCGCACAGAAGAGGAUAUUGGGUAUGUAUUCUGUGCUGAACAUGAAGCGAAUACAUACCUAAUGUACAAAGUGUGCACAAAUGUCAUUCUAUUUGGCUAUAUGUCUAAGGUUAUUAGAAUUUUAAGUGGACGAGACUUCCGUCAUAAAGAUGACGACCAAGUGACUCGAUUGGCCUUUAGCAAGUUUUCUACGAAAAGAGGUUAUUAGUGGAGUUGAACAACUACUUUCUCCAUCACAUGCAAAUUUUGCAAAAUGCAAUUUAUGUACUGACUUUAGUUGCCUA